GGGUCUAUAAAUGAUAUGUGAAAAUAUAUAUUUUUUUUUACCCGGACAUUUGCUCUUAUUCUGUGAGAUUUCUGAGGAGCUGUGCAGCGCAGAGUCACUCCCGGUAUUUUCCACAGUUUUAAGACAAUGAUAAUUAUGUACAGCAGCGCCACCCAUUGGACAUAAUCUGUAUUACAUACACUAUUCAAUGAGGUGAAUGAGGAUAAACAGCCAAAGAUAGGUUUUCAGAGUUUUAAAUACAGCAAUAUGGUGGCGGAAAAAAGGUCAACCGCGUGGUUACAAUGCAAGUCAAAGGGAGGGGAGGUGUUCUGUAAAGGGAACAAAGCGGGCUGUUUCCACCCGGACCAUUGAGUGUGUAACACAAGUUGUGAGUAAACGUUCCUGCUGAGCAUACACGUGAUUCUCCGUGUCUUUAUUAAUGAUCGUUAGGGUGCUAACGUAACAGUAGAUGAUCAGAGUAAAGUUGUAAAGACGUCAGCGCUGAGUUGAGUUUUCCCUCUGUGACUCUUGGAUGUGUGUAAGAUGGCCGGGUUUAAGGAUCUUAAAGAGUUAUUCAGUCGACGGCUGCUCGCUGCGGUUAUCAGAGAUAUAACAGAAGAAAGAACAACAAGUGGAUACGAAGAGGAGCUCCACCGACAAAGAAAACUGCUGGAUGUGAUUUUAACUCCUGAAAUCAAGCUACAGAGAACAGAUGUCCAGCAGCUGUUGGUGAGUAAAGAAGAGCUUCCACCUGAGCAGCAGGAGUGGAGCCACAUUCUGGACCAGGAGGACACUAAGCCCCAACACAUUAAAGAAGAACAUGAGGAACUGUGGAUCAGUCAGGAGGAAGAACAGCUUCAAGGACUGGAGGAGGCUGAUACCACCAGCUUCCCCUUCACUCCUGUCUCUGUGAAGAGUGAAGGUGAUGAAGAGAAACCUCAGUCCUCACAGCUUCAUCAGAGACAAACUGAACAGAUGGAAACAGGAGUUGAUGGAGAGGACUGUGGAGGAGCAGAACCAGAGAAAGACUCAGAUCCAGAGAGACGUUUACAACCAGAGACUGAAGACUCUGGUGAACCUGAGACUGAUGACAGUGAUGAUUGGAAAGAGACAAGAGAAGAUCUGUCAGAAUUAAACUUGAAAAAUAAGAAACUAAAGACUGGUAAGAGACAACACAGCUGCUCGGAGUGUGGUAAAAGAUUUAACCAGAAAGGGAAUCUGACCACACACAUGUUAGUUCAUAAAGGAGAGAAACCUUACAGCUGCUCUGUUUGCAGUAAAAGCUUUACCCUAAGACAACAUCUGACCACACACAUGUUAGUUCAUACAGGAGAGAAACCCUUCAGUUGCUCUGUUUGCAGUAAAAGCUUUACCCAAAGACAACAUCUGACCACACACAUGUUAGUUCAUACAGGAGAGAAACCCUUCAGUUGCUCUGUUUGCAGUAAAAGCUUUACCAAUAGACAAAGUUUGACCACACACAUGUUAGUUCAUACAGGAGAGAAAGCCUUCAGCUGCUCUGUUUGCAGUAAAAGCUUUACCCAAAGACAACAUCUGACCACACACAUGUUAGUUCAUACAGGAGAGAAACCCUUCAGUUGCUCUGUUUGCAGUAAAAGCUUUACCCAUAGACAAAGUCUGACCACACACAUGUUAUUUCAUAUAGGAGAGAAACCCUUCAGCUGCUCUAUUUGCAGUGAAAGCUUUACCCGAAGAGGAAAUCUUACCACACACAUGAUAGUUCAUACAGGAGAGAAACCCUUCAGCUGCUCUGUUUGCAGUAAAAGCUUUACCCAAAGAGGAACUCUGACUACACACAUGUUAGUUCAUACAGGAGAGAAAGCCUUCAGCUGUUCUGUUUGCAGUAAAAGCUUUACCCUAAGACAAAGUCUGACCGCACACAUGUUAGUUCAUACAGGAGAGAAAGCCUUCAGUUGCUCUGUUUGCAGUAAAAGCUUUACCCAUAGACAAAGUCUGACCACACACAUGUUAUUGCAUACAGGAGAGAAACCUUUCAGCUGCUCUGUUUGCAGUAAAAGCUUUACCCGAAGACAACAUCUGACCACACACAUGUUAGUUCAUACAGGAGAGAGAGCCUUCAGCUGCUCUGUUUGUAGUAAAAGCUUUAGCCAAAGAGGAAGUCUGACUACACACAUGUUAGUUCAUACAGGAGAGAAAGCCUUCAGUUGCUCUGUUUGCAGUAAAAGCUUUACCCAAAGAGGAAGUCUGACUACACACAUGUUAGUUCAUACAGGAGAGAAACCCUUCAGUUGCUCUGUUUGCAGUAAAAGCUUUACCCGAAGACAACAUCUGACCACACACAUUAUGAUUCACACAGGAGAGAGAUGCUAAUCCUGUGCAAUGGUAAAACUGAUCCAAAGAAUUCCAACUUAACAUCACUAAUGUGUAUAUAAGACAUAAAUCUGUCUCUACUUUUUUGACAUUGAUGUUUUGUUGCUGACAUAUGAACCAGUAAGUUGGGAUCAGCUAUGACGUUUGAAUUUAAAGUGUUUAUAUGAAACAGUUACAGUGUAAGGAUUCUUCUUCUCUCCUGAUAUCUUCUCUCCUUUCUGUCACUCUGUUUCCUUGGAUGCCUCUGUGUUGGGUAGCAGAAGUUCUUCAGACAGCUCACGUGUAACCUUGUAAUAAAUAAACUGAUGUAGAGUGAGAAAGA